AUGCGCCUGCUACUGAAGGCCGGCGCACAUCCAAACGCCGCAGACUCGGACGGAGAGACCUCCCUGCACUACGCGGCUAGCUAUUGCCAGCUGGACAUCAUGCGCCUGCUACUGAAGGCCGGCGCACAUCCAAACGCCGCAGACUCGGAUGGAGAGACCUCCCUGUACCACGCGGCAAACUGUGGCCAUCCUGGCCAGCUGGACAUCAUGCGCCUGCUACUGGAGGCCGGCGCGGAUCCAAACGCUGCGAACUCGUACAGACAGACCGCCCUGUACUAUCCGGCUUGCUGUGGCCGCCUGGAGACCGCGCGUCUGCUACUGGAGGCCGGCGCAGACCCAAACGUCGCCGAGAAUAGGAGCGGGGAGACGCCGCUGGUAAAUGUGGCGAGGUCGGGCUAUGAAGCGAUGAUGCAGAUGCUGCUCUCACACGGCGCCGAAGCCAACGCCGUGGACUGUUACGGACGGACCUCCCUGUACUACGCGGCUUGCGUUUCCCAGGGGGACAUCAUGUACCUGCUACUGGAUGGCUACGACGGGCCGGAAGAAAAGGAGCGUAUGACCGAGUCGAUCUGCACCAUAAAACGAAUUCGAACCGAGAUGAUUACUGACCUCUUGAAACACGGAGCUGACCCGAACCUCGUCGAUCGUAACAAGAGGACGCCGCUCGCUAUAAUAGGCAGCAAGGCGGAGGUGAGAAGCCCCGACAUAAGUGAGUGUGUAUCAGACGAAGAACUACCAGAAGCAGUAGAGUCAGUGGUGCAUAACAACAUCGACUAUCUGUUCGGCGCCCCUCAACUCUCCGCUGUGGCUUACCAUCGCCGACCCAAGACGUUUCACAGCAGCGUCAUGGUCGUAGAACCGACAGCCGCUCAUAACACUUUUAAAAAGUUACAGAAAUUGGCCCGCAAUUGCGAGGAUUUGUUCGACUUUAGCAGUUGUGCCGACCAAAUCCUCAAUCGUCACUUUAAGAGAUGGCACAAGCUGCCACCGAUCUACUGCUCCGAGGUCAGCAGUUCGUUUGCCUACGUUCCUCCAGGAGGAGAUGCUAACACGAUUUCACCAGAGAUACGGGUCGCGUAG